AUGGUACGGAGACUGUGCGGGAGAUUUAAACGCAUCGACUUUAGGCAUACUCUGAGGGCUCGGAACGAGUUCGCUGACGCCUUGGCUACAAUAGCCUCCAUGAUUCACCACCCCGAGAGUACUCAAAUUGAUCCGCUGGAGAUCACUCUGAAGGAAGAACAGGCUCACUGCGCCCACAUCCAGGCCGAGCCAGAUGGCAAACCAUGGUACACCGAUAUAGAGGCAUUUCUAAAAAAAGGAGAGUACCCUCCAGAAAGCUCAAAAAAUCAAAAGAAAACUAUGAGGAGAUUAGCUAAUGGCUUCUUCCUGAAUAAACAAGUGUUAUAUAAGAGGACACCUAACCUCAGGUUACUCAGAUGUGUGGACGCUGAGGAUACACGCAGGGACCUGCGGACCUUAUAUGAAUGGAUUCAUCGUGGCCAAUACGAUCUUCAGAACAUGAUACUACUGGAUGACCAUGGAGCACGAUUGCUACAAAUUCUUGCAAAAAUGCCAUCAAUGCCAAAUUCACAGAGACUUGAUUAG